CUUUUAUUUUGAAAAGCCAAAUCGUCACCGCCACUACCGGAAGUGAAUGUUCGUUGCACAUUUAUGCUCUUUCUGUUGCUGCUCUCAGUGAACAGCCGUCAGCGGUUAGCACAUAAUUCAUCGCGACUUUUAGAUACCAGGAGCAGAUAUGUCUCACACUAUUCUGCUGGUGCAGCCCACCAAGAGACCAGAAGGCAGAACAUAUGCAGACUAUGAGUCUGUCAACGAAUGCAUGGAAGGAGUCUGUAAGAUGUAUGAAGAGCAUCUGAAGAGGAUGAAUCCCAACAGUCCCUCCAUCACAUAUGACAUAAGCCAGUUAUUCGACUUUGUUGAUGAUCUUGCUGACCUCAGCUGUCUUGUGUACAGGGCAGACACGCAAACCUACCAGCCCUACAACAAAGACUGGAUCAAAGAAAAGAUCUACGUGCUGCUGAGGCGUCAAGCCCAGCAGGCAGGAAAAUAAGAAGUGUAAAAGGCUGAAUUAUUUCUAAAGCUAGUCCCCAACUGUAUCAGAACUACGCUACAUCACAAUAGAAACAUAGAAGAACCAAGUGGUGAAGUGAUGCCGCUUAGUUCAGAUUUUGUUGAAUGCAUGUUUAUUCAGUCAGUAUGUCAAAGAAUCGAUUGAAAAUAUUUUGCAUUUUAAAU